CUUUAGAAUUGGGUCUGCAACUUAAUUAUUGUUCCUUUUUCCGUCUUCCCUUUCUUUCCUCUUUUCUUCUUCUCCUCCCACCAUUUCUGCAGAGGUAAAUAAAAGAGCUCCCAGAGUUCUUUCUUCUUGGUGGAGGAGAUCUAAAGAAGAAGCAAGAUCUUAUCUUUUUACUCUAGAUCUUCAGAAAGCAGGAACCUUUGCAAGAAACGAGAGACAGAGUUUGGUGGAGAAGGAAGAGGCAAUGGCGGCUAGGUAUUGGUGUCAUAUGUGUUCACAAAUGGUGAAUCCUCCUGUCAUUGAAGCCGAGAUCAAAUGCCCCUUUUGCCAGAGCGGGUUCGUGGAGGAAAUGAGCGGUGAGCUUAACGAUGGCAGCAGCAUUAGAGAGGUUCAAGACUCAGAGAUCGAUUUCGGUACAGACCGUGCAUUAUCUCAAUGGGGUCCAAUCUUGCUUGGGAUGAUGAGCAAUCCUCGUAGACGUAGAAGGUUUAGGAGGACAGAGCUUGGCUUAGAUAAUGAUGCCGUCAAUAUUACUGCUGCUGAUGUUGAUGGAAAUGACAGCGUUGUCGAUAGCCAUCAUCAUCAUCAUAACCGUCGUCGUCAUCGCCACAUGCAACAUGAUGGAGAGGUUGAUCUAGACAGGGAGUUUGAUUCUAUCAUCAGAAGGAGACGGAGAAGCUCAGCUGCGAUAUUGCAGUUGCUUCAGGGCAUUCGUGAAGGGAUUAACACCGAGGAUGAGAGUUCGGAGAGGGACCAGUUUAAUACGGCUUUUAACAUAAUCCGGAGCAAUACUUCUCCUUCUGGAACUGGAGAUAACUUUGUCGGAACUGGGUUAGCUCACUUGCUUGAACAUCUAGCUGAUAACGAUCCAACCAGGCACGGAUCUCUUCCAGCACGUAAGGAAGCAGUGGAGAGUCUUCCAACGGUUAAGAUAUGCGAGCCAUUGCAAUGCUCAGUUUGUUUGGAUGAGUUUGAGAAAGGAAGUGAAGCUAAAGAGAUGCCGUGUAAGCACAAGUUCCACGUCGGGUGUAUAGUACCGUGGCUUGAGCUUCACAGUUCGUGUCCCGUGUGCAGAUAUGAACUACCUCCUGAUGAUGAGGUGAAAACUGAUCUGUUAAGACCGAGAACAAGAAGUGUAGAGACCAACAGAAGUGAUGUGGAAGAGGAUGCGAGGAACACUAGUGGGAACGAGAGAAGGUUCUCAUUUGGGUGGCGGUUCAGCGGAUUGUUCUCUUCCUCGGCUUCUUCUUCAUCCGGUUCAGCGGCCUCAGGGUCGUCUCAGCUGAAUGAGAACUCUAAUUCAGGAUAAAGGAGGAAAAAAUAGAAACAAAACAAUCUCUGGUUCCCUUUCUUUUGGUCACAAUUCAUCAGAGCUUUGAAGUACAUAAAAAUAUUGUGAUCACUCAGAUUGUUGAAGAUGUAUAAACACUUUUGAAGAAUGGAAUAUUUUCUCUCUUUGUGUUA